UGAGUGUGUGUGUUUUUGGUUGCUCCUGAAGGAGUUCCUGGUGAUUUAGGUUGUGUGUACAGUGUAUCCGUAUAUCUUUCAGGGAUUGAAAAAUAUGUUCCAUUCGAACAGAGUUUUGCUACCUAACCUUAUUAAAGUUAACAGGACCUAGUUUUAUCCUUAAAAAAGAAGAAAAAAAUCGAAAAGGGGUGAGUAAAGAGUGUUCCAUGUUUUGAGGGUAUUCGCCCCAUGGGUUGCGGUGUAAUGGAAAAAUCACUAAUACUAGCGCGCGUUUUUCUUUUUGGCAAAAGAAACUUCUGUGUUCAGACUAGUGGGCCGGAGGGAACGCGAAGGGCAUUAGGGUAAAACCGGGAACUGUGGCGGAUAGAUACAGGCCGGGCACGCGCACAUACGCGUUACCAGAACCAAGCAGAACCGCAAACCAUAGGCCGUGAUACAGCACGUGUGCCCAUCUCGUGUCCCUCAUACAGGAGACGAACCUGCCCAAAAGGGCGUAUCGUCUUCAACUACGCUGUACCGAGGCGUUACUUUUGCUUGCAAAUAAGUGCCAUCGUGCACUUUGAUUCUGCUGCAUCGUGCAGAUAGUUUGAAUGGCUCUUGUAGCUCACGUUUAGACAGUCGUCCAAUAUAGACGACAUACACCAAACAAAAUGGUAGACACUUGGGAGAGUAGGCCGACAUAUAACAUCAAUAUAUUCCAGAAGAGAGGAGUUGUUUAAGGUGACGCCAAACGGAGAGUUGAAUUGUACAACACUCCUAUCAACAGCUCAGUAAUAGUGGGCCAUAUCCUAACCUCCAAAACGAAUGUUCGAAGGGUCCACGUUACACUUUCAAGAUUCAAUUUAUGCUAGAAUUGCGUGGUAGCACGCCAUUUUUCGAAACACGGGCUUUACAUACUACUCGUCAAGGAUUUCCCUCUACACUCAUGUUUUAUUUUUUUUGUUUCGAGCGGUUUGAAACUGUUCCAAUUAAGUUUCUUUUUGAGGAUUUGAGGUCUAAUAUGAGAGUUUUUUUUGGGAACACCCCGUUCUAACCAUCAGAUUAAACAUUUCAUUCUGACGGGGGUGUUUAGACUUCCCUGAAGGGUGAAGAUGGCGAAGAAUAUGUUAACCCCUUACAAUAUAUUAAGAAUAGAACAAUCCAUAAGCUCAGCAAGCUAGAGAUCCCCUGGCAAUGGGAAAUAGGUCAAGCAAUCGGUGCACAACGGUCCUCGUUUGCGUCUAGACGUGCAGAAGAGCGCAGCUACUGCUGACAGGAGACCACUUGCAUGGUGGGAAUGAGAACACCGGCCGUAACCAAUCUACUCGCCUUCCCUCUCCUUACUCCCUCACCGAACCUCGUUUUCAUCCCAUCUUCUCACCGAACGACGCAAAAAUUGUGUUCUCCUUUGGUGGAGGGAAAACCGCACACUCUUGGUAAGGGUAAAUUGGAAUAUGACAGACACGCGACACAAACAUGCAUACACACAUACACAUUUGACAAAUCCUAAAGAGCCCAGGCGCAUUCUCAAUUAAUUCGUUAUUUUUUAUUUCUGUUUUCCACCCCCGUUCGAACAUUCGAGCAAAAGCUGCGGCCCGAAAUGGGCUGCCCCCGAUACGAGUUUACGAGCGAAUACUCGAAGCCUCGCAGUGGACAGGCCCUUGCGUGUAUUGCUCACCCGGCCAUGUGUGUGCGCGUUGACGAGUGUUUGGGGCUUUUCGUUUUUCCUUUCGCAAAGUGUCGACGCACUCGCGCGCGCUUGCCAAGUGUUAGUUCGGGCGUACGAAAUGAGCGCUAAAUGUAGGGUUGGAACGUACGUACAUCCUUGCCACACAGCCACACACACACUCACACAUACAUAAACGCCCACGGGAACUAGGACGAGGAAAGCAAAACAGGGAUAUUCGUUAGCGUAAGAGCGCACUAACACACAGCGAGACGGUCACACGAAUUGCAUAAUUUAUCAUAUUCUAGCGAGCGGUCCAAACAGUAAAGCACAGGGCGUUUCCUUUUGCUACGCGAGACAAAAACUGGGCAAUUAUCUUCACCUAAUCAGGAAUCAACCAUCAACCGGGGCCGGAAGAAAUAAAACAAAAAAAAACCUCUCCCAUCCGGUAUCAAGUUUUGCUCGCUGUGUGUAACGUGCGUUACGUAACAAGCAAAGUUAUUUAACAAAUCUUUCAACGCUGUUUCGACAUCACAAAAACAAAUCGUCACUACAUCACCCUUAAAAAAAGGGGUUUCUUAGCGUUUGCCAAGAAUUUAUUUUAUAUAUUUUUAUAUUUUUGAAGAUUUUUUUUAAAACUCGGCUUCAUCAUGCACACGUCUAUGGUAGUUGACAAAAUGAUUGACAACCUCAGGCCCGCCUCUCAACCAGCUCAGCGAUCGGAAUUCCUUUCCGCCCAAAAACAUUCAUUAUAGCGUCCGAUUCAUACCAUUUCAGGUAUUCGGGUGAAUGUGUGUAUGCCAACGUAAAACAUUUUUACUAUUUCUUCAUUCAGCUUCAUUCAGCAAAGGUGUAUCACCCGCACGUGUAUCACCCUAUCCUACCCUUAUUCUGGCAGGGUGUAAUUAACAGUGUAGGAUAUGAUUUUAACACCACCAUCCAACGUCCUGUUCCGUGGAUUGUUUUCUCUUUUUCGCCAUCUCUCUCUCUCUCUCUCACACACACAUACACACAUACACAGUCAUGAACGAAACACACCCAACACAGCAUCUGCUCUAUAACAGCAGAAAGAGAGUGAGCAAUACGUGCUACAUUGCAUAUAUUUGGGCGCGGACUUUCCCUUUCCAUUGUUGCUGUUACCGCCUUGCUCACUAGCAAGCGAACAGGACGAAUGUAGUGAGAGUCGUCCUUUGCUUUGCGUACAAACGUUCUCACCCGUUUUGAAUGUAAAUCCGAGAAAGAAUGUGCGUGUGUGUGUAUGUAUGUGUGAGAGUGUGUAGGAGAGAGAGAGAGAGCGAGAGAUCAAUUGGUGCGCCGUUGGAAGAAAAUUUGGUAUCCUGGAAGAACGGUACGCAGAGCAUAUACGGGCAGUUCUCUCUGAUCUGCUGAAAAUGUCGAGCGUCCAGUACGCGUAGCGUUCUGCCGUGUUCAGUGCUUUCAACGCCGGUUGAAUGGUUGUUUAAAACAAGCCAAAAGCCGGAAACCCAUCUUCUGCAACCAGACGGGAAGGAAUAAAGCUGCGCUACGGUGCGUACCGUUAGCUAUUUUGUAUUCUUUUCGAUACCAGAGAUUUGGAUUACAUCGACGUAUUUCCUUGACAUAUAUACAUAACCAAGCAAAAUAAGGGCUGUUACACGCGCAUCAAGGACAACAACAACAGCGUAACAAAUCGAGAAGACGAUUUUCGUAGCACGAUUUAAGCGCUGAGCAUUAGAGUUAGCACAAGAAAAGAGGAAAACCGAUAAAAAAAACAACGGUUAAAACCAGUGAAAACAUACUCGGCAGGCGACAUUGACAGGCGAGAAUAGCAAAGUACGAAACAAACAAUAUUUACAUAGGACAAGAAAACACACAGCAACAACAACAACAACAACAACACGGGAAUAAGUGAAGAAAAAGAUCAAUUGCUUCCUAUUUACAAAAUUACCCUAGUAAAGAUUAUUUAUAUAAUCAAACCAAAAAAACAAAAAACCAACAAAGACAAACAGCAAGUAUUAAAAACGCGAGCGAAAGCGCAACCAAGCGUCAACCUAAAUCUAUUAAAACGGCAAAAGGUGCACCGGACGAGUAGCAAGUCCUUCUACAUUCUAUAUACCCUACACACAUCUAACGCGCGUCUCCGGAACCAGCUCUGGAGGAAACCAGAACAGGCAGAAGGCAGAAGUAGCAGCGCAGACAGCAAAACAAGGUGUAGCACGGAUCCGUUCCGGCCUGGACCUUUGUACCGGACUUCCAAGCAGAGCAUCCAAUUCUACGUCCAAACAGCUCCAAAUACCUACCCACACCUACACGUACACACCCGAUACAGUGUAAGCCGAAUGAAGUGAAUGAAGUGACCGCUGCACGACAAUCAACAAAUUAGCAUUCAAACAAACCAAGAGUGAAAUUUAAAAGACAACAAAGAGAAUACUCCCCCAUUUAUUCGUAGCAAAACGGCGCGUUAACCGGCACAGGGAUAACACGGUAACGGACAGUUUGUUUUCUACUUGGCGCUAGCCGGGACACCUUCCACCACCACCACCAAUACUUUCCAACACAUUCCCACCACCAGCCGAACGCAAUCGGUGUGCGUGUGCAGUGCAGUUUUGUCGAGCAUACCAGAAGACCGAAAGGAUUCGGAGCUUCCCUGUUUGUGUAGUAGAACGGGAAACGACGUGGAGACGAAGCAAUAUACCUGCAGUAUUCAAUUCAACGGUACCAAAAAGAAACAAAAACAAACAAAACAAAAGACGAAGCUACCAAAAAAAGAAAAAAAAACAAACAAACCAACAAACAAAACCCCGCCUGUACACCUGUGCAAAUCAACUAGCGCGUACUCACAUCUCGCAUACGCAGGGCAGGGUACACUACUCGCAUAGGAUGCAUACAUCUGCCCGCAGUGGCCAAGUAUAUUAGUGAACCGAACCUUCUGUACCAUACAACUAGCACAAAUUUCUCCCCGUCGUAAACAAGCAACGAAGCAGCAAAGGACACGGACGAGCUAUUAAGUGAGGUUAGGCGCGCGCGCGUAUGUGUUUGUAUGUGUGUAUAUGUAUGUGUACAAGCGUGUGUGCAAAGAGUGCGUGCGGCAAAGGGGUUUUUUUCUAGAGCAACCUUCUUAAAUCGCUAGCAAAACGGUAGUGAGUGUGUAUGUGCGUGUCCUUUUUUUAUUAACAAAAAAAAGCCAAGCAAUUUUGCAAAAGAGAAGAAACCAAUUUGGAGAUAGAGAAAGAUAUCUAGUCGUAAACGAUUUAUAGGGCAAGAUAAACUGUAAGACAUAGGAAAGACACGCGGAAAAUAAGUCGUCCGUGUAUUGGCUGUUUGAGCAAAAAAAAAAAGAAAAGCGAUUUUACUACGACUGGCAAAAGUGCAAAGCACUGUAGAGAAGAAAAGAACACGAAACCCAGGAAAUUCCCAGUUCUGUACCACCAGUCACUCUCUCCACCUACACUCCACAAAUAUUCGACCUAUAAGCAUUGUGCGCGUGUUAGUAAACAGAAGCGUACCCGAGUCUGUGUGUGUAAUACGGAAAAUUAAAGUUCACUUAGCUAGGUACUACGCUAGGAGAAAGGAUAAUUCCAGGAGAUAUAAUUGGAGAAACGAGAAACUAGUCAAAAGACAGGUGUGCGCAAUCAACUUCCUAGCUGUGCGUUGACACGAGUCGUUAAGUAAGGAAACGUGCGCAAAAACCCGGUAGUAGCAAAGACGAUCGUAGUAAGCGCGCUAUAUAGAACAAAUAAUUGCAACAACAAAAAAAAACAAGAAACAGAGAAUCCAUCCAUCUUAUUAAGAUUAGCGAACACAGUAGUACCGAGGCCGGCGACACGAUGAUCUCGAACGGGUUGGAAACGGUGCAGCAGAAUGGACGUUCCGGUUCGAUCGGUAGCGGCCAGGAGGAUAGCAAGACGAACCUAAUCGUCAACUACCUGCCGCAGACGAUGACACAGGAGGAGGUAAAGUCACUCUUCUCCAGCAUCGGUGAUGUCGAGAGUUGCAAGUUGAUCCGCGACAAAGUCACCGGGCAAAGUCUUGGGUACGGUUUCGUCAACUACCAUCGACCGGAGGACGCGGAGAAAGCAAUCAACACGUUCAACGGGCUGCGGCUGCAAAACAAAACGAUCAAGGUAUCGUUUGCCCGGCCGAGCUCGGACGCGAUCAAGGGUGCCAACCUGUAUGUGUCCGGUCUGUCCAAGAGCAUGACACAGCAGGAUCUGGAGAAUCUGUUUAACGCGUACGGGCAGAUCAUCACCUCCCGCAUACUAUGUGAUAACAUUACCGGCCUAUCGAAGGGUGUCGGCUUCAUCCGGUUCGACCAGCGCUCGGAGGCGGAACGGGCGAUCCAGCAGCUGAACGGUACCACACCGAAGGGUGCCUCCGAACCGAUUACGGUGAAGUUCGCCAACAAUCCUAGCAAUAACAUCAACAAGGCGAUCCCACCGUUGGCUGCGUACCUAACACCAACACCGAACCUGCGCCGCUUCCCUCCCGGGCCGAUUCAUCCGCUCAGUGGCAGAUUCAGCUUGCCGUCGAAUUUUAGCCGCUACUCGCCGUUAACCGGCGAUCUGGGCAGCUCAGUAUUAUCCGCAAACGCAAUCAACGGUUCCGGCUGGUGCAUCUUCGUCUACAAUCUCGCACCGGAAACGGAGGAGAACGUGCUAUGGCAGCUGUUCGGUCCGUUCGGUGCGGUCCAAAGCGUGAAGGUGAUCAAGGAUCUGCAGACGAACAAGUGCAAAGGGUUCGGGUUCGUUACGAUGACCAACUACGAUGAGGCCGUCGUCGCCGUCCAGUCACUCAACGGUUACACGCUGGGCAACCGCGUCCUGCAGGUUAGCUUCAAGACUAACAACACCAAGUCAAAGGCCAAUUAAAAAUGGGAAAAAUUUUAAGUUUCUUUAACCGUUUAUGCUCCCGGGAUUAGAUUUACUCGAUCCAAUUAUCUGUUUACCCGCCUCCCUGAAACACCAUCCGUUCUCGACAAGCAUUUUUGUUUCUGUUUCUGUUUUUUUUUAUUAUGGGAACUGUAGUAUCAGUGCCGCAGUUAGUAAUACUUUCUGUUCACAUGCUAUUUGCUUUCAACAUGACAUUAUGAUUUCAUUGCUUCAAACAAAGUUGCACCUUCUACAAAAGGCCGCUAACGAACAAGGAAAGAGUAAAGGAAGCAGAGCGAUGAAAGAGACAUAGCGAAACAUGCUCUUACUAGGAAACUAUAUGUCAGCAAUAUGUUCGAAGCAUUAGUUUUGCUUCGUUCGUUUUUCUAUUCAUUUUACAUUAGCAAACUAUCGCAAACAGCUAGCGAACCAUGCGCACAUGGGAUGUACACAGUACACAAGAGCAGAAACACGCACAAGGUACUUUGCAAGGGAAUGGUUUCUAGUGAUCACUUCAGUGAUUCAGUACAGCGAUAAUGUCAAACGUCAAUGGGAAAAAGUUUAAAGUCAUCCGUUUUUAUUUCCAACGACCCAUCGAGACAAUGUCGUUGCUCUGUUUUGCGGUAGUUUUUUUUACGAACGAGAUUUUAGGUUGGGUCUGCAAUCGGUGCAAUAAUAAGUUUCUUGACCAUACUAAAACAUUAGCACCUUAAGGAGAAUGUAUUUUAUUUGAAGCGUGACUCGUGCAUCCCUAAAACCCUAACUGUCACCGGCUGAACGUCCUGACAGAAGUUCAACGUAGCGCGUCAUUUUUGUUUUUUCUGCUCCCCAUCGUACCCCUUUCUUUGGCCCCCUCUUCCUUCGCUCCCUACCCCACCCAACUUGGCACCCUAGUAAAAUUGAUACAUUAGAGUCAAAUUGCCCGUCAACGCUCAAAUAAUCUUUGUAAAGCAAAUAUAUUAAAUGUAAAUGAUAUUUUAGAAUGGAACAAAAAAAAAUAGGGGAAAAAUGAUGAAGAUAAACAGAAAGCAAAUAUCCAAACACGCGUAACAGCGAAACCAAUGCGCUUGAUGAGAGAGCUUCCGCUCUGGUAUGGAAAAGAAAAGGCAAAAAAGGUCCUACUAGUUUUUACUAAAAGAAGAAGAAAGAAGUGGAAAAACAGGUGUGCUGUCAAACGAUGUCAGUAAACUGUCAGGGAGGAGAACAAAAACAAAGAAGCAAGUAAACUGCUUCUGUGACACAUGACGUGUCACUGCGAAGGUCAAGGUGUCCCCAAAUGUGUGUAUAUCGAAGAUCAAGUCUAGAACAAUGAGUAUGUGCAAUAAUAAUCAAUCUGAAAAAAGGUACGCCGUCGGCAUUCGAGAACAACUGUGAAUUAAAGUAAUAUAUAGUUUAGUGAAAUCCAUAUUAAUGUCACUGGGGACGGUGAAAACAAAACUGACGCAUUCAUGCCGGGGUGGAAGAUGGACUUAAACGUUGCAGAAAAGGUGAAGAAAAGAAAAGCGUUGGCACGAAGUCGCUUAUGUUUUAUCGAUGUCAAAUUAAAUAUUCGCGAUAAUCUCAUCCUGUCUAGUUUAUCAGGUCACGUUAGGUUAGGUUGUAUUAUUUCCCCCUAACGUUAUUGUGUAAGUGUAUUUAUUUAUUUAUUAUAUUGCUUAUUAUACGUACUAUCACUCUCACACACAUACACAUACAAACACUCACACACGACGCACACAAAACACUACUAGCUAUGUAUUAAGUUUCACUAUUGCAUAAACCCCCGUUUUAUCCCAGAAUACUAACUAUAUUUGACAGCUGUCAAAACAAUGAAGCGAAAACAAAAACAGCGCGAAGCAGGGAAUAGAAUCGAGCGCGUAUGCAAUAUGCUUUUUCUCAUUUUUAAUCCAUGCCCGGUUUUCAACUCAUUCCCUUCUAACUUUAUUUACCUUGUACUGUAAUCACAAAGCAACUAAGUAACCCAAAGCAUUUCUUAACUUAUUAUUCUAUCUGAGUAACGAAUUAUGAUUAUUCUCGAUGUAUUAUGUAAAAUGGGCUAUCUAUUAAUGUGCGUAAGCCCGUUGAACGGACGCGCCAUUACUUAUUUGAUCUCAGCUUGUUCCUCGCGAAAAAGAAAGAGAAGAAGCAUAUAAAAAAGGGGGAAAUAAAAACAAAACCAAAAGCAUCCACCUGCAUUAAAGCAGUGCACACUAGAGCACACGGACCGGCUAAACACAAAAAAAAAACGCGGACACGGAAUAUAUUAUGUUCCAUGUACUUUCUUUCAAAUUUUAGCCAUUUAAUUCUAAUUAAUCGAAUAAUUGUAUCGUAUUAUCCCGUAUGUAAAACACACUAACAAAAAAAAUGAAGUGAAACCCAUUAUUAUGCAUAGUAAUUUAUCUUCACAUCAGCGCACACUCUUUUCCUAUCUGACUCUCUGACGCAUCAAGAGCACACAUAUGCUGUGUCUUUUAUUCGAUAUCAAUAGUGCUUAUAAAUAAGGCAACUUAUUCAGGCAAGCGUGAAAUAACGAAAUGGAUUAGAAGAGCAAAAGAACGAGAGCAUGACAGGGAAGGAGUGCGGGCCUCCUUAAAUGUCGGACCCUUAACAAAGGUUACCCCGUGUUAAGAGCAUUUAAAAUAAGUUUAAAUAAGAUGUUCAAUAAUUUAGCACUUAUGUUAUUCCUAGUAUGAAUAUGUGUGUAUGUGUGUUGAAGAGGACGAAGCAAAAGUGAUGGAAACUUCCUUCUCCCCAUCCCCAUCUUCACCUACGCCCCCUCACCCGUUUUUCCCCGUCACCUCAUCUGCCAUCCUGCCACCACAGAUCCUAACGGAUGCACACAUUCCAAGUGAUUGAUGUGUGUUUGUGUGUAGGGGUGUGUUCCCAGGUGUGAUGGUGAGGGAAAUGUACGGCAUAACGAAUGGGGAUGGGUAUGAAGCGAGAAAAAACGAGUUUAGUAGAAAAAUUUCCAAAUUGAUACAAAAAUUAAUUUGAUCGUUAAAUGAAUCUUGUACGAUGUGUUUUAUCACCUCCCAUUACUCUGGUGUGUUCUGGUUUUGACAGGCGGGGUUAAGUUUUAGAACAGUUUGACGGGCAGAAGCUAAAAAACCCUAACUAUUAAUUACCACUAGGGGCAGGGCGAGCAAGGGCAGGAUAAAACCCCACCACUAUUCCCCUUUUCUGGGCAGAGAACGUGGAAAAUUAAAAGAAGUAAGAUAAAUGGACUGGGAUUUAGUAAAGCGGCGUACGUGUGUGUGAGAGAGGGAGAGAGAGACAAGCAGAAAGUAAAACACGAGAUAUCUUUGUAGUAAAAUUUUUAUUCUGUGACUUUUUCACUUUUUCCAUGUUUUUCGUCUUCUUUGUCCUAUUGAUGGGUUUUUAUUCGCUGACAAAGAGCAACACGAUGCAGAAGAAGUAAAAACAAAACAAAGCAAACAACAACAAAAAAUCGAGCACAUAGCGCGUGAGCGAGAAUGCAGCGAAAAGCGAAAUGGAAAUGGGGGCAAAACUUUAAUUCAUAUUUAGCCGAACUAAGUUUAAUAAAUGAAAUCUAAUUGUGCUUAAACUAAUCAAUUUAAUCAAUCACUUUAACCUGUAUUUGAGAAUAUAUGGAUAAUCGUAAUAUCUUAAUUUAAACAAAAAAAAGGGAAAAUAUGUAACACAUUCAUAAGAUGUACAAUGGGACACAAGAGGAAAUAGAAACAUACGCUAACACCUGCCAUCCACUUGCGUCUCCUUAUACCAAUCCCUUCCACUCCUGAUCCAGCAUCACCUUAUCCCUUUAUAUUCCUGUAUUUAUUUUCCACCCUUUGUUUAUGCAGUGUGUAUGAGUUGCAUAUUAAAUCUCACGACAAUGUUAUAGUGAAAAGGCAAAAAAAAGACUAAGCAAAAGGUAUGAAAGUUGAAAGGGGAGCGAAAAAACCACAAAAACACACACACACAGGAGUAUGUUAUUUUUUCAUGUAAAGAUGCGGUAAAUAAAGCCAAGAAUUUACUUUUUCCUAACAUCCUAAUCAAUUGAGGUUACUAAAUUGUAAUUCUAUAAAAUAAAAACUCUCCUCCUCCAUCCCUUUUUACCUUUCCUUGCCGCACUUUGGCCUUCUUCUUAGCCUGAUAUUUGUUUACAAGUAUCUAGUUGAUCUAUAUUAAUAUGCCCCCUCCCUCAAACAUACAUAAAGAAGUAUAAAACCGAUUAAACAUUUCACUUAACAAAGCAAGGCAUAAGCAACCACUUGUACGGAAACUCCGGGAAAGGAGAAGGACAAAUGAAGCUGAAGAAGAAUAAAAUAGGUAGAAGUGCACUAUCAUGUGUUACAUGUGGUAAGAUUUUCCAAGAAAAAAAAAGAUGGACGCACACAAACGCAAAAAUACACCAAGCAAAACGAACCAGGCAGAGUGCCAUCUCGAAACGCACAAUAAGAAGUGGUAAUGGAAGUUAAGAACGAAACAAAUGCAAAAAAAAGGAAUAAUAUAAAUAUAUAUAGGAAACGGAAUUACUUCUAGUCAAGGUGCUUUUUAGUCAAAAUUCUACUACAAAUUUUGUGCGACAAUGUGAGUGUAAGAGGUAGGCAAUGCUACAUCAGCCACAGCAGCAGCAUAUUUAGCGAUAACCAUAAUUCUAUUUUUAUCGAAGUAAAAGCAAAAAAGCAAAACAAUGCACAGAGAUGGGGAGGGGGUUGUUGGUCUGCUGGGCAUUAAUUUAUGCAAAAUAAUGGUUCCGUUUUGUAUUGUGUCGUGGACUGCUUUAAAAGAUGUUAAGAAGGUGUAAUAAACAAAAACUAAAUAUCCUAAUAGGAAUGAUUCAUUUUGCUGAUUGCAUACCCUUUGGAGCGCAUUGCAAAACAAAGCAUACAUCUAGGCGCACAUAUAUCAUCAGGUUGUUAAGUCGCGUGAGAAGGGUUUUGUUUUGUUGUAAGCGUUUGUUCGCCUACCCCCGCCACCAUCUUCUUAGCGUCUUGCAAGCAGCUCUUAGUCGCAUUGAGUACUAAUUGGUUGGUAUUUUCUGUUUUGUAUUUCCUUCCGUACCAGUAUUUCGCACCAACCAAUAUUAUCGAUCGAUAUUGUCGAUUUAAUCCGCGCCACACCAAUCACGUAAAGCAUGCAUAUGAAUAUAUCUAUGUUUAGAGAGAAAACAAAAUUACAAACAUAAGUUAAUACACAUAUAAAGAAAUAGAACCAUAGCAUUUUGUAUACAUUACUACAUUAUACUCAAUGCCAUUCACCCUUUAUUUAUUGAACGGUAAAUGUAUAUUAGCAAUCAGUUGCUAUUACUCGGUACCGGUGCCGGAUGUUAGGAUUAUAAUGUGCGACAACAAAAACCAAUGGAAAUACUACACUGCUACAACCCACACCUAAAGGCAACUUUACCACACACACAAAAGCACGAAAUCGAGUGAAGCUGUUUUACGAUUUAUUGAAGGGAAUGAAUGUAACACACUUGCAUGGAGGGCAUACAUGGAAAAGAAGUACCAAUACUAACUACUAGCAACUACUAACUACCAACAAACGGGGUGAAAGGUACAUUUCCAUCGUAAUAGACAAGCAGCAGGAAAUAUUUCGCUAAAUACUCUAACCCUUAUUCCCACUCCUUUCUACUUUGUACAAAAUGAACGAACAUGUAACUGUGUUAUGUGUUCUGUUUAUCGCUUUCGUUCCUUCUUAGUGGUGGAUUGGAGAAACAAAAAAAGCAAGCAGUGAAAAACAAGAUCGAUUACAAGCGAAGAUCAAGCGAAACGAUUUGUUAAAGCGAAGCAAUCAAUUCGAACGAAAACUAAAACAAAACGUGAUCUAGGACAAGGUAUAUACAGAAUACAACCAAGAAGCAGCAGGUAAACCUACUCCCAUCAUCCUUCCGUACAAACAGGUCAUACACCCUCUACGAAGGGCAAUCGAAAUAUACUUAAACAAUUGGAAGAUAAAAACAAAACACAAAAAAAAACAACAAAUUCUCGUAUUCAAUUGGAAUUCAGUUUUAUUUUUCCUCUCUCCCACCUCUCUCACUUCAUUAUUAGCAGUUUGUGUUGCGUACAAUGCAGAAUGCUAAAAUUGAAUUGGAAACAUAUAACAAGAAAGAAACGUUGAGCUGAAUGCUGCAGAUUGAAUGGCCGUGUGUGGAAAAGUAGUUUACUACAAGGCGCUAGAUUCGAUACUAUAUCACAAACAAUAAACUAAACAACUAAGCACAAACCCAAAUUCAUCAUUCCGAUGAAUUGCUAAAUGGAAGGUGUCUAUCUAAAAUUGCGCUUGAACGCGCUUAAAAGUGGGCAAUGGAAUGUACCGAGAAACGUUGUUUCGUAAUGUAUUUUUUAGCAUAUUUUUCAUCGUGAAUUUUAACUGGAAAGUUAUAUACAUACCCACUUAAGACGAAAGACAUAUUCGCUUUUACUAAUCACUUGUCAGCAAUUCAAUGUAGUAGCGAUCAUACGCGAUCUAACUGCUUAUGCACAUAGUAUCGAUUCAGGCGCAUAGAUGCUAUAAUCCCACCCUUCCGCAGUACACUAAAAACCGAUCCCGUUCCCAGUGUGUUUGUGUUGGUGCCGAAGUGUUUUAGCGAAUUUCUGUAUGUGUCAACCCUAUUUCCUACGCGUGUGUGGUGACUGCUCGGGAACAGGGAAGAGUACCCAAAACCCAAACAAAACAAAUGCAUAAUAUAAACAAACUAAACAACAUAAUAGAAAGACUGGAUUGUUGUAAAAACGCAAAAGGUAAAACCAAACCCAUUUACCCUUGUAUAGAUGUGAGACAAUGUAACACAAUGAUGUAAUGAUGUGUAUUUGCCGUGAUUGGUAUAGCAUUGGAAAAUAAACCAAAACAUACCAGCUACAAAAUGUCGAAAAGCAUUAUAAAAAAAAUACACAUACAAAGUUACACAACGGACAGCGGUAUAGCUUGAGAAGAAAAUAGGAGUGCUGAAGAAGAGAAAAAAAAAUACACCUUUUUGACCUAUUAAUGUUAUCCUGUGACGGAUGGUGUGCUUAGGCAGAUGAAAAUAUACAACAUAAUGAAUGUAGUUUCUUUUAGGGAAUUUUUUUAUAAAACUCAUAACAGUAAAUAUUGGGAAGGGACAAUUUUUAAAACGGCGCGCACAUACGCGCACUACCAAGCGGUCAGUAGUGUGUGCGCGUGUGCGAUGGUUGCAGGUGAAGUUAGCGUUUUGAGUCCUACAGGUAGCUAGCAUCUCAUGUGUUUGAUGGCGUGAUCCAUUUGCAUCAUAGUAAACAACUACACGUUUUUUUAUAUGUAUAAAAGCAGCUUCAGUGCGGCAUUCCAUUUACACGUACAUACAUACAUCCAGUUUGAAGUACAAGCAACAUAAUAUGAAGUGAACGAAAAGAUUAAACAAAAUCACGGAACACAGAAAGAGCAUGUAAUUUAAAUAGAACUCCACCUCCAGAAAAGGAAACGAACGCUACAAUCACAGUGCAAUAAACUUAAAUAAACAACUUACUAAAUACUUUUCGAAUCGAACGCUGCUUGCAACACCACAGGUGACAGGUUUUUAGAGUGCACUAUACAAACAAGUUCUUCGCAAUGAAAGGUGUUGAAAAAAGCAAACUUCUUUCUGCGUAUUGCCUACUGUCAGGCGCACACUGCACAAAGAAACGCCCGAAGCUAUGCAAUUUGCUAUAAGAAAAAGAUUUUUCAACACUUGACGUUAGAAAGCAUGUUUGACACUCAACUCCAAAUAGAACGUGUGUUUUUCACCGCCCAUAUGCCUCCUACGUGCACAUAAUUAAGAAUGGGGCGUUCUACUUCAAUUUGCAGUGAGAAUGGAAGACUUCAUCGUGUAUAAGCGAACAUUUGAAGCCGUUCCGUCGAGCAACCGGGAACGCAAACGGUUUUUUGACAGAUAAAGCAACAGAACACCAAUACGUUUUGUGAAAACAUAUAAAACUACAAACAGCCGUAACAUGGACGAGUGAUAAAUGCAACAAACUAGAGUUAAAGCGUGACAGACGGUAUAGUUGAAUCUUUAACGCGUGAUGGAACUAAAGUAUCGGUCCAUUACGCGCCCAGAUCGUACACGAUCGUUCAUUUCCUAAUUUGCUAUUAUCUCCACAAUCUUACAUCUAAUCUCUACACAUCUCAACCUCUUUCCCCUUCCGAAUAUAUUCCUACUGCUCCAGACACUCAUCUCAGCAAACAACAUCUGGCUCUGCAAAUGCAUGCAGCAAUAGCCAAAGGAACAAACGAAAUAAAACAAACGAGUCAUCGAGUCAAACUAGUAGUAGACCUGUUUUCCACACCUAAUUAUAGAUACAGCAGAUAAUAUCUUAAUAUUUAAGAGAGGAACAGAUAGCGGCCGAAGGUUGAAUUGAGUAGUACCGGCAAAGAAAAUAAACCGAUAGUCGUGCGCUUCUAUGUGGACGGCUAGGCGUAAUUAUUUCCCCCCAAAGUUCCCAUUUUUGCCGUAACAAGUGGUAACAUUAAAUGUGAACUCUGAGCAUUAUUCGUCAGUGUCGUACUGUUUGUGAACUUUGUGUCGUUACUGCUUUAUCCGGCUCCGGUUUCCCACUGGAUUGACUUUGCAGCCGGAAUCGGAUACCACCAUUUCCGUUAAAGAAUACUCGUUCUAAUGUGAAUAUUUUCCUUCUCAUUUUCGAAUAGAUGUCUUUUGCGUUCUUUCUUCGCUUUCCUCCUUCCGUCUUCUCACUUUCCAGCCCUCCAUCCUAGCAUAAUCUAGAAAAAAUACACAAAAUUGGGUCAACUUUGUAAAGAACGCUCCAGCAAAACCCCGUACUGGAUGAUGGAGGGUCGACAGUGGGGUGGAUGGAAGGAAUAGGGAAGUGGAGGCAAUUAUUAAUAUAAUAAUCGUGCAACAGACAAUUAACUAAUGCAAACUUGGAGAAAAAUAUGAAAAGAAAGCAAAACGAACAAACGAUAUUAAGCAAACAACAAACAAAAAAAAAAAACAAAAAAACAAAGAAAGCAAACAAUAUCAGUAUUCAGCGUCAAGAAAAUCAAUUCAAUCGAUACAUAGCUAUUGGACAAGGAAAGGAAAGUACAUAGGAAAAAAAAACAAAUGGAGCUAAUGUGGUAAAACAAAUAUAUUACCAAUAAAACAAAAACAACCCGCAUACAUGGAAAACCAAGCAUUAUAACAAACAAAAGGACAAACUAAUAUGUUACUUCUGGCAAAAUAAAAAAAAAAUAACACAACAAAAGCAACAACACAAAACGAUUCGGUAAUAAAUCAAAAAACAAAACCGCGCAUUGUUUCUCA